AUGAUGAGCUCGUAUUUCGCCAAUUCCUACCUACCCGACUUGAGAGGGGGUGCAGACGGUUUCGUGACCACGCAACCCGGUGAUCCCUCAGGAUGUCAGGGGCCUUUGGGUGGGUAUCCCAUGACAAAUCAAGGAAACCACCAUGCGAACCAGAGCCCAGGUGGGUAUCCGAGAUAUCCGCCGUUCGACCGGUUAACCAACGCCUACUAUGCCCUUCCCGGUGACGGGACGAACUGUGCGGGUGGAGCCGUGGGUGUGGGGAUGGGUGCGAAUCAGUACCCAUCUUGUAAACUUCAGGGUCAGCCCAGCCCGGUGGGUGUGGGAGUGGGGGUAGGACACGAUCAGGGACUUCGGGUGAACACGAACCAUUGCAUGAGUCCGGGUGAGCAUCAGUUGUCCCAUCAUCAUAUGUAUGGUGCAGCCCAGAAUCCUCCCACCCACCAUCCCCAAGUGUCUCAGGCACCUCCGCAGUCCGUGCCCACAAUCCCAAGCCCUCUGUAUCCCUGGAUGAGGAAUCAGUUUGAGAGGAAGCGAGGGAGGCAGACGUACACUCGGUACCAGACCCUGGAGCUAGAGAAAGAAUUCCAUUUCAAUCGGUACCUGACACGGAGGAGGCGGAUCGAGAUCGCCCACGCCCUGUGUCUCACGGAGCGCCAGAUCAAGAUCUGGUUCCAGAACCGGCGGAUGAAGUGGAAGAAAGAGAACAAGGCCAAGUUGGAGACCACCAGCACCACGGCCAACUCCACGACAAGUAACGGCCAGAAUAACUCCUCCACUACCACGACGGCCAACAAUCAGUCCUCGGGGGAUUUGAGUAAUUCCGAGUCCUCGACAACACCUACAACGCCACAGUGACGUCAUUGUUCCUACGCCAGUCCAAGCAGGUCAUGAUCUCCUGGGAAUUUUUGGAAUGAGAUGAGCCAGAUUUAAAGAAAGAUAAAGAAGUUAGGUUUAUAUAAUAUUUGAUAUCAGCACGGUCUCAGUUGCAACGACUCCUGAUAUCCAAGGAUACCAGUUCCUGUCCAAGUCAAGUGAUAACGUUCGCUCUGCUCUUUUUAUUUUUCAACCUAUUUCGCUCCUUUGUACGAGUGCGUGAAUGAUGACGUCACCUGGCUCCGGUCCCCUUUUCUAUCCUUGAAAGGAAAAAAAAUCUCAAAUUCAAGACGGGUCUGUAUUUGUAGUGUAGGAGAAAUACCUUUCUUGCACUUAUUCAGAGGGGGAAUCUCGGCGGCGAUGUUUGAGAGUGCUUUAGUGGCGAAGAUUGUACAUAAUUAUAAUCCCUAGAAUUGCCUAUCAUUGUGAUGAUGUCAUAAGGGAAAAAACUUGUAAGGUGAUCUGGAUGACGUCACUGGUCCCCCCUCGUUCCGCCUCUCGGCCUAUAGUCUAGGUCAAUCUUCACCCUUUUCUUAAUGCCCUUCGGUACCUACUGCGUACCACUCUUUAAUCUGACGUGCGAUCUUGAGUAGAGAUCCUUCAUUAGACUGUUUGGUCCCGUGUGAUCAUUAUUUUCUCCCAUCUCCUCUCUUCACCGUCUUCAUUAAUUUCCCAGUCACUGGCAUAGACAAUCAGUGGGAACCGCGUUGCAAUAUUAUCUUCAGGUACAAAAUGUAUGAGUUUCGGAGUACUUGGAUGGAGAGGAGGGAGGGCCAGAGACGGCAACGGGUCCAUCAGAAUAAAUGUCUGAAUAUAGUGGACAAAACUUACAUAAGUUAUCGUCAUCUAUCGCAUUAUCAUCACGGCAUUAUUAUGGCAGGCGAAAGAGGGAGGAAAUAAAUAAAAAAGGAAAUGAGCGAAAACAUCGUUCCUGCUGCUGCUCCUCCUCUUGCUGCCUUCAUCUUUCUUCAGUCAACCCCAUUUUCACGACUUGGAGGGAAAUCAGUUUCGGGCACAGGAUGGAGGACUCCCUAAGUGAGCAAACAAAACUUAUACGUAUAAUUCAUAGGUGGGAUUUUUCUAUAGCUGUACCGAUCCCCGCAAGUCGUGCAUGUAAAUUGCACCUCUCUUCAUUUCCUGUUAUUUAUGCGUGGCCUGUUGUGAAGAAUACUUGGAAGAGGAGGGCAAGAAGUUCUUCUUUUCGCUUAAUUCCGAGCGCGAUUCCUCCACGACUCACGGCGAGAGAUCCAUGCGUUUGUAUCCAUUCCCCCUUCUCUAGUGUUUUUUUUUUUUCCUUGCUCAAUUUCACGAGACACGACUAGCAGAUGGGCAUAAUAUCUUUGACUUUCACACACGCAACAGUAAAAAGUUCCUUUCACUGACCACAUGAUAUUUUUCUUUGCUUUUUUUUUUUUUACUCGUCCGGUGUACACAUUUCUUUUCCUCAUUACCAGCCCACGAAUGGAAACCGAAUUUGCCGUUCACUUUCAAUUCUUUUGGUGAGCCAUUUUUCUGCUGUACAGGUUGUUGUGUUUUCUUUUUUUUAUAUUGCUGAUAUUUGACCAAAGAUCGACUACGAAUGCGUGCAGUUUUUUUCCGAGCUGGACGUUUGAAUGACCCAGUGAAGUGCUUCUCCCAUUUGAAAUAAUUAUUGGAGUUCGCGGUCCGAAAUUGAUGUGAAACGGUGAAUUUUUCCCGGUGAAACUGGAUUGUAAGAUACACCAAGAACCCGAUGACCUUGACCUUGACCCUCCUCGUUUCGUUCCUAUAGUUUUAGCCGGUGACUCGAGGUGCGUCGAAUUGGAUCUCGAAAAAGCAAAAAAAGUCUCUGAUUUCAAUCUUUGUGUCUGUCUCUAUCUGGAUAGCAAGUGUGCUGCGUGUGCUAUAGGGAACGGUUAUGUCAUAUGGAUAUGUACAUAGAUAUUACAUGGAUGUCCCGUUUAUCAAUACAGUUUUGUUGUAUGGCCUCACUCUCA